UUCAUUGAAGACUUCUCAAAAAGCUUGAGAGAAAUGAUAAGAUUAAUAAUACUUCUGAUUAUUUUAUUCAACCAAAUUUUCUGCUCAUUUUGUGCUGAUGAUCCGAUGAAGAGAGCUGAACAACUUGUAAGACGAACAUGUCAGCCUAAAACCAAAGCUACAGACGAAGCCAUCAAAGCCAUUAACGAAAGGAAUUUUCCAGAAGAGAAAAGCAUAAAGUGUUACCUCAACUGUGUAUUAGAGAUGGGGCAAACUAUAAAACGUGGCAAGGUGACAUACAAACAAGCGUUGACGCAGAUAAAUCAGUUUGUACCUGAAAAUCAGCGACAAGCUGCUAUCUCAGCCCUCGACAAGUGCAAAGAUGAACCCAAUGGCCAGAAGGAUCCCUGUGAGGCUGCCUAUGUUCUGGCCAAAUGCCUCCUUCUCAACAAUCCAAAAGGAAGGUUUCCAUGAAGACCGAAUGGAAAAUGAGAAAGAAGUGCAGAGAGUAAUUACAGAAGAUUGGAAAAGGGGUUUAAUUUUAAAUGAAAUUGUACUCUUGGAAACAAAAACAAUAAGUCUUUUUGCUUAAAGUCUAUUUAUUUCACAAAAACCACAAAGUACAAAUAUAGAAAGUUCACUUUUCACUCCAAUCACUAGCA